UUCCGGUAUUUAGGGCGCUUGAGAUGGCGUGCAUGUGGCGCGUGUUUCAGCGGCACGGCGUGUUCGCGGUCCGGAACCGAAAUCCGGACAGAGCUCACGAAUUAGCAGGUGUUUCAUUCAGGUCCUUCAGCACUAAAGCAGCACCUCACACGACGAGGAUGGAAUAUCAGGAUGCUGUAUGCACUCUAAACACCUUGCAGACCAAUGCCAGUGUUCUGGCACAGGCACGACAGGAGCGCAGCCAUUCGCAGCUGCAGCUCCAGGCCAUGGUCGGCUUCCUUGAACGGUCUGGUCUCAAGGUGGAUAAAUUGGAUCAUCUCAAUAUCAUUCAUGUGACGGGAACAAAGGGCAAGGGAUCAACAUGUGCCUUCACCGAGCGCAUUCUGAGAAGUUAUGGUUUCCGUACUGGAUUUUACAGCUCGCCACACUUAGUCCAGGUCAGGGAGAGGAUACGUAUAAAUGGACAACCAAUUGGAAAAGAACUCUUUGCUAAAUACUUUUGGCAGGUGUAUGGGCGGCUGUAUGAAACUAAGGACGUGAAUGAUGGGGAAAUGCCAGGAUAUUUUCGGUUUCUGACGAUUUUGGCAUUUCAUGUGUUUCUCCAGGAAAAGGUAGAUUUGGCCAUCAUUGAAGUUGGAAUAGGAGGGGCGUAUGAUUGCACCAACAUCAUUAGGCGACCGUGGGUCUGUGGCAUCUCCUCUCUUGGAAUAGACCACACUCAGCUUUUGGGAGACACAAUGGAAAAGAUUGCCUGGCAAAAAGGAGGGAUCUUUAAGCCAGGAGUUCCAGCAUUCACAGUGAAACAACCUGAAGAGGCGAUGAUGGUACUAAAAGACAGAGCAAAAGAGAUUGGUUGUUCACUGCAAGUGUGUCCAGGUCUUAUGGACUAUGACACAGAUGGUGGCCCUAUAUGGCUAGGCCUCGCUGGACAACACCAGCAGCCAAAUGCCUCCCUCGCCCUUCAGCUCAGUCACACAUGGAUGCAAAGAAGGUGCCUUCCGGGAGCUUUUCAAAGUCACGAUGGGAACUCUGCUGGAUGUCAAGCCGCGACCUUUAAACUUGGCCCAAUCAUGGUGAAAGGGUUGGAGGAGACUGAGUGGCCAGGAAGAAAUCAAACUCUUAAACAUGGUCAAAUCACAUACUUUUUGGAUGGAGCUCACACCAUGCGCAGUAUGCUUGCUUGUGUGCAGUGGUUCAAAGAAAGUGCAGCCCAGCACGAACUGACUGCAAGUGGUCCUGUGGCUAGAGUGUUGCUGUUCAACUCCACUGGAGACAGAGACUCUGCAGCCAUGUUAAAAUUGCUAGUGCCAUGUCAAUUUGACUUUGCAGUGUUUUGCCCCAACAUCACAGAGGCCAUUGCAUCAUGCAAUGCUGAUCAACAGAACUUUAAUGUCUCCAUUGAGCACAUGCUGACUCGUUGUCUGGAUAACCAGAGCAGCUGGCGUCUGCAUAACAGCAGCCCCUCAGACCUCACUGAGCCUCAGAUGCUGAUCGGGGACACGCUUUGUAUGGUCCCUGAGAAAAAGGCAGAGACACUGGUGUUUCCCUGUAUCCUCAGCAGUCUGCAGUGGAUUGCUCAGGGCAAAGAUUCGGUACUUGUGGACUCAGGCAAAACGCAGUUACCGGUGAAACCCAGUGUUAUGGCCAAAGCCGCGCUGCUUCGUGAAACGACUGCAAUCCAUGUGCUCAUCACAGGAAGCCUACAUUUAGUAGGUGGUGCUCUCAAACACCUAGACCCAGCAAUGUCUAAAUAAAGAAGCCUUGUAGUUAA